UUUUGAUCGGCAGAGGUGAUCGCGGCAGCACGGAAGGACAUCCUGCAGAGGGCACCGAACGAUGACGUCACUGUGGAUGACGUUGAUGACGCUGCUGCUAGCAGGGUGCGCCACAUCUUUAUCAGCUGCCUCUGAGGAGCUGGACCUUGAGCUGCCCGCACAUUCGAGUCUGGAGUCGAACUACGAUCUGGCCGAUGACUCAGACGUUCAGGCGGGGCCGUACAAGCGGGGCCGGUCGUACGGUUUCGGGCUAGGCAAGCGCCAACGGUCCUACGGCUUUGGCCUGGGCAAGCGGGCAAGGUCCUACGGCUUUGGCCUGGGUAAGCGAGAAUCGUACGGCUUCGGCUUGGGGAAACGCCAGCCGUCCUACUCCUUCGGGCUCGGAAAGCGGACCCCAUCGUACAACUUCGGACUCGGCAAACGCAGCACCUACGGCUUCGGCCUGGGGAAGCGGCAAACAUACGGCUUCGGGCUGGGAAAGCGGACUUGGGGCUCCUGGUUCGACGGUCCCUCCCGGGACGUCCUGAAGCGCCCGAGCUACAGCUUCGGCCUCGGCAAGCGCAGCGUCUCGCAGGGAGCGGAGCGAGGCGAGGCGCAGCGGAGCGAGGUGGCGCGACUCAUCCUGAGCGCGGCCGAGCAGCUGGCCGAGGAGUCACCGGCGUCGCACGCGCUGUUCUCGGCGCCGGAGAAGGCGCAGAGCGAGGAGGCGCCGGCGGAGGGCGGCGACGAGGAGGCGGCGCCAGGGCUCCGCGUCAGGUACGCGGACCACCUUUGAGCUCCGGCUAAGCCGUACGCCUCACCCUCCUAAGGAUCGCUGUGCGCGUGGAUUGCCGUGCAAUGUCCUGCGGGGUAGGGGUUUCUGACAAGAGUGACUCCUAUGCUGGCAGCGGAUGUCUGCGCCGGGCUCCCUCGCGAACGCGACGUGACUUUACUUUGAGAUCGAUUCCGGUGACGCUGUUAGCUUAAACCGGCCCGUGACUAAGCCAAAACAUUCAUACGAGCGCUAAUGGGGUAAAGGUUAACUUGCCUGUGGAAUUUGUCCCGAGAACUCCAACGAGGCGCCUCAAGAAGUGUGCACAAUUUAGGCUUCCGUCGAACACCUUGUGCCACCCGUGUGACGUAGGGAAUGGUAAACACGAACUAACUGUAAAGUUGCCGAUCCGGAAAGAGCGAAAACGCAAAGCCUGUCUGAUUUCCUGUAAGUGCAGUGCUCUGUCAUCGUCUCUCUCGAGGCUGGGGCGUCGUUUAGGGCUCAUUAAAGCCGUCAAAACAUUGUCACAAAAAUAAAAUUGCCGCAAAAGUUAUAUAAGCUCGUCAAAGCUGGUGGUUUGUUGUUGAGCCAUCAGUGAUUGAAGCCGUGGAGGUGUUCGCGGCCGGCCAGGCUGACGUCUGAGCAUGGCGCAUGAGUGGUCCAUUAUUGUUUGUGACCGCUGGUCGGGAAAGAUCAUGCUUCAUGGCACCGAAU